UUUCAUCCACCCACGGCUUCACCACUACUUUAGCCAUGAACACCACACUGUUGCACAAGCAAAGUAGAGUGUGAGUCAGUUUUGCUGAAUACGAGUAUACGAUAGAGCUAAGAAAUUAUAUUUUGCAAGGGUACUGCUAAUUCGGAUAACUCCACAAUGGAAUCUGUGACUACUCCAACCUCAAAAUCUAAAUGCUUUUCCUUUUGGCCAAACAGAAGAAGAAAGGCUGCAUCCAAAGUGAGGAUAUCUUGGCCUGAUGUAGAGGAAAAUGCUGCACAUGUACAGGAGCCAUUAUGCAUUAAACCUGAACCAAGAAUGGAUGCAGUUUGUUUCUCAAAAGGUGGAGUGUCCACAUUCGCAAGCUGCAGCACUGGAUCAAAGCCCUAUUCGCAAAGAAUGACCAUCCGCCCCUUUUUUGGCAUCUAUGCAGACUCUUCACUCACCUUCGACAUCAAGAGGAGUAGCUCUACUGAUAGCUUACGAAUGCUAACUAUCAGAGUUUCGAUACAAGAGGACGGGAGCGACACAAGAAAAGCCUUGAACCGAAUAUUUGUUUCCAGAAACAAAAGAAGUGGACAGGACGACAGCUCACAAAAUUCUGUCUCACUGAAAGAUCGGUGUAUUGCUUUUGCUAACGCCAUCGACACAGACUCUAAAACUGAAAACAUUGCUAGUGCAUGCAAACAACCUUCGAGUUUAUUCUUUCUCUGCAAGAAACAGGUACUCCUACACCUUGGAGAAAUAAACCCUGCCAAUUUGCCAAAAACUGAAGCGUUCGAAGACCUUAAACUUCGAUCCACUCGCAAUAUCUUCAUACGAGUCUAUCAAGCAGACGGUUUAAUGCUAAGAAUGAAGGUCAAGACUUCGAUGAGUAUUAAUGAACUAAAAUGGAUGAUCUGUGGCCGAUUGCCUUCCUCUGUGCACCCUUCACAUUUGUCUCUCUACGAGUUCGACAGUCUUGAUGUAUUGCCUGCCGAUAGCAUUCUGCAACCAAACCAGUCCCUAUUACACUGCACCAUUGAUCAAUCUCCAGUUCCAAGUCCCACAAGACCUCGCGUUGUUGCUAGACAACCUUCCUGCUAUAUGAUCUCGCUCAUCGGAAAGGAUAUUGAUUCAAUAAUUGCUGACCCUUCAAUAUCAUUUUACCAUUUUCAGGAACUCGUGAAAACUAAGUUUGGAUUGAAAUCUUCCAGUUAUCUCUACUUCCCAAAUAUUGGCAAGACAGCCAGGAGCGAAGACUGUGGAAUCAAAAUGUCGACCGUCAUCGAUAAAUCCACCAUUUGCCUGAUCGAUAGUAUGCGAAGGAACCUCCCCAUCGUUGAUGGAGUCCCGUUAGCUAUGAGCAAAUACGAGAAACUCUCUGCUUACAGUGGAACCAUUAGAAGUUUGGGAAUAACUCCUUCAAGCCCUGUGAUUGCAUUCGAGGUGACUGGCCCAACUAUCCCCAUCUCAUUUCGGGCAGCCAUUCAAGACCGAGGAAACUUCAACUAUUCUGUCGUAUCUGAUCGAGUGCAUGCUGUGAGUGUGAAUCCAAACUGGACUAUUCGUACAUUGCUCAAGUAUGUCGAGUGCAUUAGCAAGAUUCCCUGUGUUGGGAUUAGUCUGAACUCGGAAAUUCUACCGGUGAAGUGCAAUGUUAGCACCCACCUAACUUGUCGAUGCUGGCUUGCACGAAGCUCUUCUAAGACUAUUGAGUUAGCCAAGGACUUACCUACCAUUAUUCACUCCUAAUUUUAUUUAUUUAUUUAUUAUGUGCUCUGUCUGCUCUCCCCACUUUUCAAUGAAAUUCAAUAAAAAAAUGCAA